AGCUCUCUCUUUUUUUGCUGCCAAAAAACGCACCGCUUCCAACUCAACCCUGUUAUAUCACAAUGGCCAAGGCAAAGAAAGCCACUGUCAAAUUUCAAAAAAAUAAACUCAAGAGCACAAUUGACCGAAGAAAAAAACACACCAAGUUCAAGCAACAAGUGAAUCGACGCAAAGAACGUAGAUCUCGGAAUCAAGUGAACGGAAAAGAACAACCCAAAGAAGGAGCCACAGAAACGGAGACUAGUUCAAGCAAUGCUGAACAAAGCACUAUCAAUACCGAAGACUACUUUUGCAACUUUUUAAUCGGCAGCGAAGAAUCACUUGAUUUGAGCGACGAUGAAGAAGAUGACGUGAACGGACUGGAUGAAUUGGAAGCAGUCGAGGCUGAGGACGAACCACUGGACGAAAAGAGUGAAGACGUUGUGGAAAACGACGACGUAGACGAAGAUGACGAUGACGAUGAAGAAGACGAUGACGAUGAAGAAGACGAUGAAGAAGACGUUGAAUUUAUGAGUGAAGAUGAAGAAUAUUACGAAGAAGGAAAUGAUGAUGAUGAUGAUGAUGACAACGACGAGGGCGGUGAAGUCGAUGACACUUCCCAAGAAGUUACAAUGGAACUUUUAUCAAACUGGUCCGAAUCUGCCAAAAAGAAGUCGCCUGAGGCUUUCAAGCAGCUGCUACUUGCUUUCCGAGCCAUUGCUCGGUCAGAUGAAGAAACGGAUGCGGAUUUCAAAUACCGGAUUAACAACCACAAAGUUUACAAGAAGCUCGUCCGACUCACCGUUAAAUCAGCCUAUCCAAUUUUCAGCGAGCAUCUCUUUUUCACCAAAAAAGCAAAGCACCCAGCAAAGACCAAGAACUGGCGUCGGUUACAGAAAGUUGUACGACUCUUCCUUAACAAUUGUGUGCGAUUUCUACGAGACAUGGAUCAGGAUGAAAUGCUGCAGUAUAUUCUUACGCACUUGGAGCCUUGUACCCUUUACUUUGGAUGCUUCCCUAAGGCUGCUAGAGAAUACUUACGGGUUCUUUUGGAUCGAUGGUCCGAUAACGCACUUUCAUCCGAAUCUAGAGCUCGGUGCUAUCAAUCCAUCAAACACUUUGCUACAGCAGCUGUCGACGUCGAAAAAAACAACUAUGUUGGUCACUGCAUGAAGGGUGUAUACCUUAUUUUCGCAAAGCACGCAACAAAGAUGACCGAGUCAACAUUGCCAAUGAUCCAACAAAUGCUAGAGGAAGGACCUGACUUAUAUACCCUCGACUCAAAAGUCAGCACCCAACAUGCAGAAGUGUACAUUCACCAGUUGGCGAGUCAUUUGAAAUCGGCAAAGAAGCAGCAUACAGCAGAGAGUUUUAAAACAAUCUAUACUUGGCAAUUUGUUAGCUGUUUGGAUUUCUGGGCCAAUGUCAUUGCAAACACGUGUAACCCAGAAACCGGUGUUGCGUCGCCCAUGCUUACACAUCUUCAGCCCUUGGUUGAUAUUUCGCUACAAACAUUAAGACUGAACCCUGUUGGCCAAUUCCUUCCUCUUCGCGUUCAUAUCAUCCGUUCGUUGAUCGGAUUGAUCGAUGGUACAGGCUACUAUAUUCCUCUGGGACCAUUCAUCUUUGAGAUUUUCAAUGGCGAUGUAAAGUCAAUGAUGGAUCAGACCGAUCUGCCACCUUUUGAAUGGGAGUUAUAUUUGCGAGCACCAAAAGAAUACGCACAAACAAAAAUCUAUCAGGAUGCCAAAUACCAAGUAUUUUAUGACAACUUGGUCGACUUUUAUGCAUGCUUCGGUCUGAACAUUGCUUUCCCAGAACUUGCAAUUCCAGUACUUAGCAAGCUGAAGGAAGAUCACAAGACCCUCAAGGGAACACGUUUUGCUAAGUCUUUACGCACGCUUAUUGAUAAGGUAUUUAAUGGACGUUUAUUUGCAUGUAUUUUAUAAACAGAUGAUAUAUUAAUGUCGGAAUUGUGUAUUUAGCUUGAAACGCACAAAAACUAUAUUGAACAGAAGCGUGCACCUGUAGAAUACAGUGCUAACAAGCUAGACGAAGUAAAUGCUUUCUUACGGAAUACUGAAUUUGAGACGACACCCUUCGGUAGUUUCUUAGUCAACAAGGCCAAGGCUAGUGGUU